UGGUGAAACGGCAAGAUGCCGAUUGAUUUUUAUUACUUUCCACUGAGUCCACCUUGCCGAAUGAUUUUAUUGCUCGGCAAAGCGAUAGGUGUGCACUUCAACUUGAUAUCGAUCAACCCACUCAAGGGUGAACAAAUGAAGGCAGAAUUUUUAAAGAUAAAUCCAGAGCAUACUAUACCAACUAUAAACGACAAUAGCGUCGUUUUAUGGGAAAGUCGAGUAAUAAUGCAAUAUCUCGUUGAGAAAUAUGCCAAAGACGAUGCGCUUUAUCCCAAGGAUCCUAAAAAACGUGGUAUCGUAGAUCAAAGAUUAUAUUUUGAUAUUGGCACAUUGUACGAGAACAUCGACAAAUGUUACUUUCCUAUAUUCUUGGGAAUGAAGGAUACCAUCGAUGAGAAGAUUCUUCGAAAUUUGGAAAAAUCUUGCGAGAUAUUGAAUACAUUUUUAGAUUCCAAUGAUUUCGUUGCCGGUGAAAAUUUAACCAUCGCCGAUUUUAGCAUAUCGACGAGUAUCGUUGUAUUAAAGAAUUUUGAAUUCGAUAUUGGUCGUUAUGAUAAUGUGGAUGCUUGGUACGAUCGAUGCAAAACCAUAAUGGAAAAAUUUGGUUUCGAGAAGAUUCAUGCACCCGGUAAUAAAGCAUUCAAUGAAGGUUAUCGUGCUAAUUUGGCGAAAAGUAUGUCUUUGGAUUUAUAUUAUUUACCAAUGAGCUCUCCCUGUCGUGCUGUUUUAUUAACCAUUGAAGCACUCGGUUUGUCAGUGAAUUUAAAGGAAAUCGAUUUGUUCACUGGCGAACACCUCAAAUCGGAAUACGAACAGUUGAAUCCUCAAAGGACUAUACCUUUUCUCGUUGACGGUGAUUACAAACUCUCGGAAAGUCGAGCGAUCAUGUGUUAUUUGGUAGAUCAAUAUGGAAAAAAUGAAAGAUUAUAUCCGCAAAAUCCAGUAUCACGUGCAUUGGUCAAUCAAAGAUUAUACUUCGACAUUGGGAAGCUUUACAAAAAUCUCAGUUCUUACUACUAUCCUGUGGUGUUCCACGGCGCGAAGAGUUACGACGAGGAACAAUACGAAAAGCUAAAAAAUGCUUUCGAUCUAUUGGACAAAUUUCUCGAGGAUCAGGAUUACGUAGCUGGUCGUAGUUUAACGAUCGCCGAUUUGGCAUUGGCAUCGAGCGUAUCCACUGGAGAGGCGUUCGGAUUCGAUGUCUUUAGAUAUAAAUACGUCUCCAAGUGGAUGGACAGAAUUAAAAGCUCAGCUCCUGGAUAUCGAAAGGCGAACGUGGAAGGUCUUGAAAUAUUAAAAAAGUUGGCCGCUGAUAGGAUGUCUCAGCUCUAUAAGAGAUUGAUGGACACUUAUCCAGUAAUAUGCCCCAGGGUACCAUAUAAUCACCAACAGAGAGGCAGCACUGUAGUAACAGGUCAUAUUUAUAUAGAGAGUUUGGAGAACCGACGUAUGAUCAUAAAGACUAUUGCUAUUCAACGUAUCAACGAGAAACUCAACGAUACAGAAAAAAAUAUGCCGAUCGAUCUUUAUCAAGCACUAGGAAGUGCGCCAUGCGCUGCGGUUCGUUUAACAGCAGCGUCUGUCGGUGUUACCUUGAAUUUGAAAGAAAUUAAUUUAAUGAAUGGUGAACAACUCAAACCAGAAUUUCUAAAGAUAAAUCCUCAACAUACUGUGCCUACCAUCGAUGACAAUGGUUUUCACUUAUCCGAAAGUCGUGCAAUUAUGGGAUAUUUAGUUGAUCAGUAUGGUAAAAAUGAUUCAUUGUAUCCAAAGGAUCCAAAGAAACGUGCUAUUGUUAAUCAAAGAUUGUUUUUCGAUGCGAACAAUUUGUAUCAAGCUUUUGCUGAUUAUUAUUAUCCAACGAUCUUCGCUGGAGCACCUAAGGAUCAAACCAAAUAUGAAAAAUUGGAAAAGGUUCUUGAAUUCCUUGAUAAAUUUUUAGAAAAUGAGACCUACGUGGCUGGUAAAAAUAUGACGAUAGCUGAUCAUUCUAUUGCUGUCACCAUUUCUAAUUUUGAGUUAAUGGAUUACGAUCUUAGUAAAUUUCCGCAUAUUACUAAAUGGUACAAGCGUAUGAAGGCUGAAAUUGUUAAAUACGAUGAAAUUCGUACUGAGAGUCUAAAAGCUUUUAAAAAUUUAAUGGAUACUCUCAAGAAGAAGAAGUAAAUUUUUCAUCGUAUGAAAAAAAAAAAAAAAAAA